CGACUGAUCGCCGCCAUGGAGAAGAUCGAUAAGUUUAACGAAGAAGAAGCAUCGUUUGGCUGGGACAUAACGCAAUAUCCACGUCGUAAACAGAUCGCUGAUCAACUGAAGCCCUUCAAACUACUCUUUGACGCAAUUUGUGACUUUUUGACCAAGCAGGAUAAGUGGUUAAACUCAAUGAUCGGUUCUUAUAAUCCGGAGGACAUCGAUAACGACGUAGGAUACGCGUUCAGAACGAUCUACAAGCUGGAGAGAAGUUUUCAAGAGCCAGCUUUGAGGCAGCUAGCAGCCAGCGUCCGGGAAAAAAUCGAGGACUUCAGGGAAUACAUGCCGAUCGUUUUUACGCUUGGUAAUCCAGGAUUAAAGGAUCGCCAUUGGGAGCAAAUUUCGGAGAUCAUAAACAUUCCGAUAAAAGUCGAUCCCGAUUUAACAUUGGCGAAGAUUCUGGACAUGAAUUUGGGCGUAUACGUCAGCCAGUUCGAGAGCAUCUCGGACAACGCGUCGAAGGAAGCAACCUUGGAAAGAGCCAUGGAUAAGAUGGAGAAGGAUUGGGCCGAUUUAUACUUUACGGUGAACCCUUUCAAGGAUACUGGUACCUACGUCAUCGCUGGUGUCGACGAUGUACAACUUCUUUUAGACGAUCACAUCAUUAGGACAGUUACUAUCAAGAAUUCGCCGAACAUAAAACCCUUCGAAGCAAGGAUACUGAGAUGGGAGUACAAACUUCAUUUGCUGCAAGAUAUUCUGGACCAAUGGCUACGCGUGCAGGCGAUCUGGAUGUACCUGGAGCCGAUCUUCACAUCGCCGGAUAUACAGCAACAGAUGCCAGAGGAAGGAAGAAAAUUUUCCGCGGUGGAUAAAACUUGGCGUGACAUUAUGAAGACCGUCCACGCGGAUCCUCGUGUUUUCGUGGUCGUCGAAAUCGAUAAAAUGUUGGAGCGGCUAAAGAAGAGCUACGGAUUACUAGAAGACAUUCAAAAGGGUCUGAAUGAUUACCUCGAAAGAAAACGACUCUUCUUCCCGAGAUUCUUUUUCCUGUCUAACGACGAGUUGCUGGAAAUUCUCUCUGAAACUAAGGAUCCGACUCGGGUUCAGCCACAUCUAAAGAAAUGUUUCGAGGGAAUACAUAGAUUACAUUUUAACGAGGACCUCGAGGUGGUCGCUAUGAUAUCGACAGAGGACGAAGAGGUUCGACUGAUAGAGACGAUAUCCACAGCUGCUGCCAGAGGACAAGUAGAGAAAUGGUUGGCCGAAUUGGAAACGGUUAUGCGAAAAAGUAUACGAAAUGAGGUGCUGCUAGCGAUCCAGGCGUAUCCUACUAAAUCGAGGAAGGUCUGGGUGUUGGAAUGGCCAGGGCAAACGAUUCUUUGCGUUGGUAAAACAUACUGGACUCUACGUAUAGAGGAAUCGAUGCCGUACGGUGUUCAAGGAAUAAAGAGAUACUUGGAUCAAUGUCAGGCAGAACUGAACGACAUUAUAUCGUUAAUCAGAGGCAAACUCUCGAAACAGAAUCGCAUCACUCUUGAAGCUUUAGUUACGCUGGAUGUGCAUGGGAAAGACGUGCUUGCGUCGCUUUACCAGGAGAAAGUGAUCAAGAAUACCGAUUUCAAAUGGUUGUGUCACUUGCGUUACUAUUGGCUGGAAGAAAACAUGUGGGCUUACAUGAUAAACUCACAGCAACGUUAUGGUUAUGAGUACCUUGGCAAUUCUUCAAGAUUAGUAAUCACUCCCUUAACGGAUAGAUGUUAUCGAACUCUAUUCGGCGCUUUGAGCCUUCAUCUAGGCGGUGCACCAGAGGGACCCGCCGGAACUGGUAAAACAGAGACAACGAAAGAUCUUGCUAAAGCAAUAGCAAAACAGUGCGUCGUCUUUAAUUGUUCCGAAGGCCUCGAUUACCUCGCAUUAGGAAAAUUCUUCAAGGGAUUAGCUUCUUGCGGCGCCUGGUCUUGUUUUGACGAAUUCAAUCGAAUCGAUCUCGAAGUGUUAUCAGUAGUAGCGCAACAAAUUUUAACGAUUCAACGAGCGAUAAACAGCGGCGCUGAGAAAAUCGUAUUCGAGGGCACAGAGAUCUUUCUAGAUCCAACAUGCGCCAUUUUUAUCACGAUGAAUCCGGGUUACGCGGGGAGAUCAGAGUUGCCGGACAAUCUAAAGGCAUUGUUCCGUCCCGUGGCCAUGAUGGUGCCGGAUUACGCGCUGAUCGCCGAGAACACGCUAUACUCCUAUGGCUUUUAUAACGGUAGACCUCUAGCUGUAAAAAUCGUCACAGCUUACAGACUUUGCUCCGAGCAGUUGAGCAGUCAGCAUCAUUACGAUUAUGGUAUGAGGGCAGUGAAAUCUGUCCUCGUUGCAGCUGGCAAUUUAAAGCUCAGGUAUCCUGACGAGUCUGAAGACAUCCUCAUGCUAAGAAGCAUAUUGGAUGUUAACCUGCCAAAAUUUUUGGUUCACGAUCUGCCUCUUUUCGAAGGCAUCGCUUCAGAUUUGUUUCCCGGAGUCGUUCUUCCACCGCCAGAUUAUACUCACCUAAACGCGUGUACGAUGGAUGCGUGUGCCGCUGCUAAUAUUCAGUGUACUGAUUUCUUUUUGGAGAAGAUACAGCAGAUCUAUGAGAUGAUGAUCGUCAGACACGGUUUCAUGAUCGUUGGUCUACCAUUUGGAGGGAAAACUUCGGCUUAUAGAAUAUUGGCCGAUUGUCUUGGUUUGUUAGAGGAACGGAAGCUGAUGGACGAACACCGGGUGGAGAUAACAGUUAUCAAUCCAAAGGCGAUCACCAUGGGUCAAUUAUACGGUCAGUUCGACCCGGCCUCGCACGAAUGGAGCGACGGCGUGCUCGCUGUCAGUUACAGAGCUUUCGCGACUUCCACCAACCUGAAUAGGAAAUGGUUAGUCUUCGAUGGGCCGGUCGACGCCCUGUGGAUCGAGAACAUGAAUACUGUCCUGGAUGACAAUAAAAAGCUCUGCCUGACCUCCGGGGAAAUUAUCCAGCUAGCGCCCACCACGAACUUAAUUUUCGAGCCUAUGGACUUGGAGGUCGCGUCACCUGCCACAGUGUCAAGAUGCGGUAUGAUUUACAUGGAACCAAUUAGUUUAGGUUGGAAACCAAUUUUGCUCUCGUGGUUGAACACUUUACCAUUGUCUUUCACGGAGCAUCUUAAAAACCAUUUGCACGAGAUGUACAUGAGGUUUUGUCCUCCGCUCUUGCAUCUGCUUCGUUGGGGAGUUAAGGAAUUAAUAACAAUGCAAGACGCUAAUAUGGUUAGGUCUGUGACAUACUUAUUCGAUUGUUUCCUCGACGAGUACCACGACGAGAAGUAUCUCCAAACUCUAACAGAUCUAGAUUUAAGGGCACAGGUGGAGGGUUGCUUCUUCUUUUCUUGUAUCUGGGCGUUGGGCGGCACGUUGAUGGUGGACUCCCGUGAAUGCUUCAGCGAUCUCUUUAGAGCAUUAACAGAGAGGGAAUUCCCCGCCGAUGUCAGAGAACGUUUCAAUGUUUCCGAAGAAACCACCGAUCCAUCGAAACCAUACGUAGUAAAUUUACCAAUGACAGGUUUGGUGUUCGAUUAUAAAUACAUCAAAGAAGGUAGAGGCAAAUGGAGACCUUGGAUGGAUGAUCUAAAAGACGUUCCAGUAAUACCAAAAGACAUACCAAUGAAUCAGAUAAUCGUCCCCACGAUCGAAACUGUUCGUUACUUUCAUCUGUUUAAACUGUUAAUUUGUCAUCAAAAACCUAUCCUUUUGGUCGGUCCGACGGGUACCGGGAAAUCAGUGUACAUCAUGGAGUUUUUAUUGAAGAAGAACGACCCAGAAAUUUUCAAACCUCUUUUCGUAAUAUUCUCCGCGCAGACUACUGCCAAUCAAACCCAAGAGAUCAUCAUGAACAAAUUGGACAGACGAAAGAAGGGACUAUAUGGAGCUCCGCCAGGAAAGUACUGGGUUGUAUUCGUGGACGAUAUCUCCAUGCCACAGAAGGAAGAGUACGGAGCACAGCCACCUAUAGAGUUGUUGAGGCAAUGGCUGGACCAUUGGACGUGGUACGAUUUGAAGGAAGUGACGCCUAUACAACUGGUGGACGUUCAGCUGGUUUGCGCGAUGGGUCCUCCAUCCAGCGGAUUGGACGUCACGCUACGAUUCAAGAGACACUUCUUUACCCUAGGAAUUUCCGAAUUCUCCGAUGACGUUCUCAACACCAUCUUCUCCACCAUCGUGGCAUGGCACUUUACGAACAAGGAAUUUCCGGACUACUACUUUCCUAGUGUCGACUACAUCGUGAGCGGAACCUUGGAUGUUUAUAAAGAAACUAGAGUGUAUCUUCUACCGACACCAGCCAAAUGCCAUUACUUGUUCAACUUACGAGAUUUUUCCAGAGUGAUUCAAGGAGUGCUACUGUGUACGCCUGAAAGUGUCACUAAACCUGCGAGUUUAAAGCGUCUCUGGGUACACGAAGUGUUGCGCGUUUAUGGUGAUCGGUUGGUAGACGACCAUGAUAUUAAGUGGCUCGUCGAGCAGAUACGAAGGACCAUGUUAGAAUAUAUGGAUGACAAUCUGGACCACCUGUUUCAAGAUUUACUUACUGCUAGAUCUGGCACAGUGACAGAAGUAGAGCUUCGAAAUCUAAUUUAUUGUGACUUCUACGAUACAUUGGCGGAUAAAAAGCUAUAUUCCGAAGUGGAGGAUUUAGACCACUUGGCAAUCGUAGCUGAAGAAUAUCUAGCUGAAUAUAAUUCCAUUUCGAGGACACCGAUGAAUCUCGUUCUUUUCAGGUUUUACUCGGUUGCGUAUAUUUUAAGUGAAAAACGAUGAAAACUGAGGAGCUUUCUGAAAAAAGGAUUCGCCGUAGAACAUCUAUCAAAGAUCUGUCGCAUAAUGAUGCAGCCUCGAAGUCACGCGUUAUUAAUCGGAGUGGGCGGUUCGGGGCGCCAAUCGUUAACGAAAUUAGCAGCUCACAUCUCGGACUACGAAUUGUUUCAAGUGGAAAUGUCUCAACAGUAUGGUCUAUACGAAUGGCACGAAGACGUAAAAGAUAUUCUAAAAAAGAGCGCAGCCAGCGAUCUGCACACAGCUUUCCUGUUUUUGGAUACACAAAUUAAAGAAGAGACCUUUCUGGAAGACAUUAGCAAUCUUUUAAAUUCCGGAGAGGUUCCUAACAUAUUUGCACCUGAUGAGAUAUCCGAUAUUUGCGAGAAGAUGCGAGUGAUCGAUCGUCAGAGAGACAGAUCCUUGCAGACAGACGGCAGCCCCGUGGCUUUGUUCAAUUUCUUCGUACAAACUGUUCGCGAACACUUGCAUAUCGUGGUCACCAUGUCGCCUAUUGGUGACAAUUUUCGUAUCAGAAUUCGAAAAUUUCCGGCAUUGGUGAAUUGUUGCACGAUAGAUUGGCUGCAACCUUGGCCUGAGGACGCAUUGCUCGCUGUGGCGACUAAAUUCUUGGGCGAAAUCGAUCUAACGGAGAAGGAACGUGACGCCUGCAUCGAGAUGUGCCAAUUCUUUCAUAUGUCCACGCAGGAGUUGACAAAGGAAUUCCUGAGGAAGUCAAAGAGGUACAACUACGUUACGCCUACCUCGUACCUGGAGCUCAUCAACACUUUCAAGGACCUGCUCGCAAAAAAAAGGAAGGAAGCGCUCGAUGGGAAAAAAAGGUACGAAGCUGGCUUGGAAAAGUUGGACAGUACUCACAGGCAAGUGGAGAAGAUGCAAGAGAUUUUAGUCGCGCUGCAACCGAAGCUCCUUGUCGCCGCUAAGGACGUGGAGGCCAUGUUUCUCGACGUUCAAAGGGAAAGCGAGGAGGUAGCUGCCAUGGAGCAAGUCGUCAAGAGGGACGAAGAGGCUGCCAUGGUCGUCGCGAACGAAGCGAGUGCCAUUCGCGCAGAAUGCGACGCCGAUCUGCAAGAAGUGAUGCCGAUAUUAAACGCGGCGAACGAUGCCUUGAACACUCUGACUCCUCAGGAUAUUCAAAUCGUGCGAUCCAUGAAACGACCGCCAGCCGGUGUUCGAUUGGUGAUGGAAGCAGUUUGCAUUUUAAAGGACGUGAAAUCGGAGAAGGUUAAGACUCCAGAUGGAGUUAUAGAUGAUUAUUGGAGGCCAUCUCUUCGCAUAUUGAGCGACAUGAAAUUCCUCGAAUCCUUAUUAACGUUCGAUAAGGACAACAUUCCAGAAAGGAUCAUGACGAAGAUCCGCACCACCAUCUUAACAAAUCCAAACUUCGAUCCAGAACGGAUCAGACAAGUUUCUACCGCCUGUGAAGGUCUUUGUAGAUGGGUCUUCGCUCUGUCAGAGUACGACAAGGUGGCGAAGAUCGUGGCGCCGAAGAAGCAAGCAUUGGCCUUGGCGGAGGCCGAUUACAAUGAGGCCAUGAGGCAAUUGAACUUGAAGAGAAGUCAGCUCCAAGAAGUGCGUGACAGGCUAGCGAAGCUGGAGGAGCUGUUGGCUGAACGAAGAGCGGAGUACCAGGCGAUGACGGACGAAGUGAACGAGUGCGAGGCAAGAUUAAGGAGAGCCAGGGAGUUGAUUGGCGGCUUAGGGGGAGAGUACACCAGAUGGUCCGAUACUGCGAAGGAACUAGGCGAGCGUUAUUACAAGCUGACGGGAGACAUUCUCAUCGGCUCCGGGAUCGUGGCCUAUUUAGGAGUGUUCACCACUCAGUAUAGACAGCAACAAAUCGACAACUGGGUGCAGAUUUGCACCGAUUUGGAAGUAAUUUGUACGAAGGACUAUCAGCUUACUCAGAUUCUAGGUGAUCCUGUGUUGAUACGGUCGUGGAAUAUUUUUGGUUUGCCCAGUGAUUUGUUCUCGAUAGAUAACGCGAUAAUUGUUACGAAUUCUCGACGAUGGCCGCUGAUGAUCGAUCCUCAGGGCCAGGCUAACAAAUGGGUGAAGAAUAUGGAGAAGGAAAAUAAUAUUCAUGUUAUUAGAUUGUCGCAGAGCGAUUAUAUGAGAGUGUUAGAAAAUGCUAUACAGUUUGGACAGCCAGUUUUGUUAGAGAAUGUGGGCGAAGAGCUUGAUGCUGCCUUGGAACCGCUCUUGAUGAAACAAACAUUUAGGUCUGGUGGCGCGGAAUGUAUCAAGGUCGGGGAUUCCGUCAUCGAAUACUCUGCCAAUUUCCGAUUUUAUAUUACAACCAAAUUACGCAAUCCUCACUAUUUACCGGAGGUGGCAGUUAAGGUAACGCUACUGAAUUUCAUGAUCACACCGAUAGGCCUGGAAGAUCAGCUUCUCGGUAUUGUGGUAGCCAAAGAAAGGCCAGACUUGGAGUCUGAGAAGAAUCAGCUAAUCGUCCAAGGAGCCGCCAACAAGAAGAAACUGAAGGAGAUCGAAGACGAAAUUCUGGAGGUUCUGUCGACAGCAGAAGGAAAUAUUCUCGAGGAUGAAACAGCGAUUAGUGUACUUAGUUCAUCCAAGACUCUUUCUGAUGAGAUAGUCACGAAACAAACGGCAGCUGAGAUUACGGAAAAGUCUAUCGACGCUGCAAGAUUGGAGUACACGCCCAUAGCUGCUUACAGCACCGUUCUUUUCUUCACGAUUGCUGUCCUAGCGAAUAUUGAUCCGAUGUAUCAAUACUCUCUGGCCUGGUUCGUGAAUCUGUUCAAUAGCACGAUCGACAACACGGAACGGGUCGAAGACAUUCAGCAACGACUGAAGGACCUCACGAAGCACUUCACCUACUCACUUUACGUGAACAUAUGUCGGUCGUUGUUCGAGAAGGACAAGCUUUUAUUCUCGCUGCUGCUUUCGGUGAACCUGCUGAAUAAGCAGGGACGACUCUCGAUGCCCCAAUGGAUGUUUCUGUUGACCGGCGGCGUUGGCCUUGAGAAUCCUUUCGCAAAUCCCACGAAAUGGCUACCCUCGAAAUCCUGGGACGAGUUGUGUCGUUUGAAUAAUAUUCCAGGGUUUAUGGGAUUUCAACAUGCAUUCGAGACAACGUUGAAUGAUUGGAAAGCCAUCUUUGAUCAUAUGGAGCCUCACACUUUAACGUUUCCCGCGCCUUAUGAUAAGCUCAACCCUUUCGAGAGAAUGAUCGUGCUGCGAUGUAUGCGUCCUGACAAAGUUGUGCCAGCCGUUCAGAAAUUUGUAGAAGAACAACUGGGACAACAGUACAUCGAGCCGCCGCCCUUCGACCUGGUAUCGUCGUUCGCGGAUUCAUAUUCCUGCAGUCCCCUCAUAUUCGUGUUAACGCCUGGCGCCGAUCCUAUGGCGGUUCUACUGAAAUUCGCCGACGAUCAAGGUUUCGGUACAAACCGAUUGUUCUCCCUCUCUUUGGGUCAAGGACAAGGAGUUAUCGCCGCCCAGCUAAUCGACGAGGGAGUGAAAAAUGGUACCUGGGUGGUUCUGCAGAACUGUCACCUUGCCAAGAGUUUUAUGCCACAUUUGGAAAAGAUUUGUGAAAGCUUCACGCCUGGAACUGUGCAUCCAGAUUUCCGAUUAUGGCUGACAAGUUAUCCAGUGGAUCAUUUUCCAGUUAGCGUCCUUCAGAAUGGUGUGAAAAUGACCAAUGAACCACCGAAAGGACUAAGAGCAAAUAUAAUCAGAUCUUUCUUACAGGACCCAAUAUGCGAUGAGGAAUUCUUCGAGACUUGCAAACAAAACGAGGCUUUCAAGAAGCUACUUUUUUCCCUGUGCUUUUUCCACGCGAUUGUUCAAGAACGCAGGAAAUUUGGGCCGAUCGGUUGGAAUAAUCAAUAUGAGUUCAACGAGACCGAUCUACGGAUCAGUGCGCUGCAAUUGAGAAUCUUCUUGGAUCAGUACGAUGACGUUCAGUUUACGGCCUUGAAAUACUUAACAGGCGAAUGUAAUUAUGGCGGUCGCGUGACAGACGAAUGGGAUAGGAGAACUUUAAAUACGAUUCUUGUGAAGUUUUAUUGUAUGGAAGUCAUUGCACAGAAGGAACACCUAUUCGAUCCUAGUGGUAUAUACUAUGUACCUGAAGCCAGUGAUCAUGACGAAUUUCUUGAAUAUAUUAGAUCUUUUCCAAUGGCCACUGCUCCUAGUGUUUUUGGGAUGAACGACAAUGCGGAUAUCAUUAAGGAUCAGCAGGAGACUGCAUUGAUGUUGUCUUCUUUAUUGGCAACGCAGUCUAUUCAGGAUAUUAAACUGAAGAAGUCGAAGAGAAAGGACACGGGAGAAACGGAAACAGACGUAGGAAAAUCACCCGACGAGAUCGUCUACGGUGUAGCGUCUGAUAUUCUGUCAAAGUUGCCCGACGACUUCGAUCUGGUGGAUGCACUCGAGAUAUAUCCGACGUUAUAUAAUCAAAGCAUGAACACGGUGCUAGUCCAGGAAAUGGGAAGAUUCAACAAGCUUCUGCAAACGAUCAGGAAUAGCCUCAUAAAUGUUCAGAAGGCGAUCAAAGGUCUGGUGAUCAUGAACCCGGACCUCGAGGAGGUCUACGUAUCGAUAAUUACUGGAAAGAUAUCGAAGAUGUGGAUGAGGAACUCUUAUCCGUCGUUGAAACCGCUAGGCAGUUAUAUACAGGAUUUCUUGAAGAGGCUCGCUUUUCUUCAGUUGUGGUACGAUGAAGGACCACCGACAACCUUCUGGAUCUCUGGUUUCUACUUCACACAGGCGUUUCUCACCGGCGCACAACAGAACUACGCGAGGAAAUAUUCGAUACCGAUAGAUUUGCUCGUCUACGACUUUGUCCCUUUGAAGGAAACUGUUUUCCCUGAACCACCAACCGAUGGUGUUUAUAUUUACGGUCUAUUCCUCGAUGGAGCUCGUUUCAACAGGAGCACGAUGAAACUUGACGAAUCAUUGCCGAAAAUUUUGUACGACGUCGUUCCCUACAUUUGGCUGAUACCGAUGAAGAAGGAAGAUGUGAAGGAAAGAUACACAUAUACCUGUCCAGUGUACAAAACCACGGAGAGAAAAGGUGUUCUGUCGACAACUGGCCACUCGACGAACUUCGUAAUCGCCAUAUGGCUCCCGACGGACCAUCCACCGGAGCAUUGGAUUCUGCGUGGCGUAGCCAUGAUCUGCCAAUUGUCCGAUUAAACCUAUCGUCCCAUUCGAAUAACGAUUAUACUAUCCUCCGUUUAUGUAUCAUGCAGCCGUAUAUCUCGUCGCCCAUCGGCAUACUUGUCCUUAUCGAUGAUAUAAUUGAAUUUGGUGUUCAAUUCCGACGAAGCGAUCAGAAGCAUCGUACGUUAAUUCGAUUCUCGAAGAGAGCCCGUUG